UCUAAAGUAUUUAAGAUAAACUAUAUAAUAAUAAAAAUUUGAUGAACAGGAAGAGCAGAGAUCUCCAAAGAUCCUAACUUUGAUUCUUCUGGUGUUUUCUCCGACCCAAUCAGAUGCAAAAAGGUGUCAUUACAGCGACAACAACAAGCUACACAAUUCAUGGCGAUUGUCCGAACAUCAAAGCUUGAUCUCCCAAACCCAUCUCUCUCUCCUUCUUCUCCUCAAGUUUCAUCGAUACUCUACGAACCAAUCUCCUCUUCACUUGCCCUAACUCUAUCUGAUUCAUCCAUCUCUCUUUACCCUUCUCUCUCCCCUCUCUCUACUCCUUCUCUUUCAUACCCACAAACCCUAAUCCCUUCUCCUUGCUCCUCUGCUUCGUUUCUCCUCCUCCGCUCCCAGAAUCCUAACUCCAACGACGAUUCCGGUAACGAAGCCUCCCCACGUGUCUUCUUUAUCGUUGCUGGUCCUUAUCGUGGUGGGUCUCGUCUUCUUCUCAGGUUCUAUGGUUUACGGGAAGGGAAAAACAAAGGCUUUGUGAGAGCCAAAGUGAUUUGUGAUCAAAAGGGUAUCGAAUUCGAUCAGAAAGUUGGGGUUUUGUUGAAUUUAAGCCACGGUGUUUCGGUUAAAAUCGUUGGCUCGACCAAUUACUUCUCAAUGUAUUCGGUUUCUAGCUCGAAAAUACUCAUCUUUGGUCUCAAGGUUGUGACUGAUGGCAGCAAUUGUGGAGAUGAUGAUGCAGUGGUUGUGAAGCUGGUAAGAUGUGGUGAGAUUGAAUGUGUUAGACCGGUUUGGUCGAUUGGGAUUUUCUCGGGUUUGUUGAUUUUGGGGGAAGAUGAUGGAGUUAGGGUUUUAAAUCUGAGAGAGAUAGUCAAAGGAAGAUUGAAGAAAGGGAGGAAAGACAAUGGGAGAUUGCGUAAUGGGCACAUAGUAGAAGUGAAGAAGAAGGAAAAUGCUGUUCAUGUUGCAGUGAACAAGGGGUUGUUAAGUAAACGGAGACAAGGAUCUUCUGAAACAAGAAUGUGCUUUGUGUCGUUUCAGAAAAAUGCUGCUGCUGUUGGCGCUGAUCUGAAAUCAGAAACAUGUGUGGUCAUGUCUCUUAGGGCGAUAUCUAUCCAAGCAUUGUCCAUUAAAAGGUUCUUGAUCUUGGACUCUGCCGGGUAUAUACAUGUAUUGCAUGUAUCUGGUCGUCAUUCUCUCGGAUCAAACUUUACUUGUGAUAUGCAGCAGUUGCCUCGCUUUAUGGAUGUCCAGAAAUUAGCCCUUCUUCCUGAAAUCUCUGUUGGAACGAAAAGCUUUUGGAUUUCAGACGGAGAUUAUUCCGUGCAUAGGGUGACAAUUUCUGAUGAAGAAACUACCAGCAAAGAGAAAGAUGAAGAUAAGAAAAUAAGGGAGGAAAGACCACCUAUACAAAGCUCGGAUUAUGGUGCAGUAACACAUACAAUUUUCUCUCCAGAAAAGAUUCAGGAUCUUGUUCCUCUUGGGGGAAACGGUGCUCUGAUUCUCGGGCUACGAAGCUUGUACGCAUAUGCAAUAUCCUGAAAGCAGCUAAGACAUGAUUUUGGUUUCUUUACAAGUGGUGAGAUCUAUUUGACAAACGUAUGUUUGAAGCAAAUUCGAAAUCGGUGUUGGAUGGUCGUUAAAUGGUAAAGAGUUCUCCAGAUGAUGAUGAAGCCUCGUGAGCUGAAAUUGAUGCUGUUCACGAUUAAAACUUUUGAAGACUCUGGAGUUAAAUAAAGGGGAUCGAUGAUAUAUACCCCAACACUGAGAUCUACAUCGGAAAAGUUAGUAGAUAAUGGUUUCAGUCAGAUGACUUAUUUCAGAUACAUGCAUCUUAUACUUGUAAAAUUUUAUUCAUUCAUUUUUAAAAAUAUAUAAGAUUUUUAAAUUUUCA